GGCAAAAAUAAUUUAAAAUGUAAGUUUUUGUUUUCAUUUUAUUAUUAUUUUUUGUACUUAUUUGUAAGCUUCUUAUGACAGUUAGUGGUUAUAUUUAUAAUAUUUAUUUGGCGAUCAUUUAGUAAAUUAAUAUGGCGAAAAGAAACUACAACACUUGGAAGCAGGAGGAUAUGGAUGAAGCUUUAAAAAAACAUCGCAAUGGAGAAAUUGGAUUUAAUGAAGCCUGUAGAAGAUAUAAAAUACCAAAACCUACAUUUCGACGACAUUUGAAUGGUUUAAACAAGAACACAAAAUUUGGAAGACCUAAUGAUAUGCCUCCGGAUAUGGAAGAGCUAUUAGCAGAUCAUUUAAUAGAUUUAGAGUCUUUUUUUGGUUUAACUAACAUUGAAUUUAGGAAAUAUGUCUUUGAGCUUGCAGAAAAACUGCAAUUACCUCAUCGAUUUAAUAAAGAGAAAAGAAUAGCAGGCAAAAAGUGGUAUUACAGAUUUAUAAAAGAUCAUCCCAAAUUGAAUUCACGUGUGUCAGAACCAACUUUGAUGGCUAAUAGUAAAGAGUUUAGUAGAGGGGGUGUUAAAAGUGAAGAUGUUAAAGAUGAAGAUGUUUUCUGAUAAACAUGAAGAAAUGCUGGAAAGGUUGGUUUGCAUGAGUAUUGAUCAAUAUGGUUAUUCGAUUAUCAACUAUGAAAUUAUGCACUGGAGCUACAUCAUCAUGACUUUAUGCUCCAAGAUGAUGAUGAUACUAUGUAGAGUGUAAAACUAAAGUCUGAGUUAAAUACUUUAUCUCCUCUGUCUUGAGGAUAAAGAUAUAUAAAAUUGAGCAAGGUACAGAAUUGUCAAUAUAAUUAACUGAUAGUCCUUAUAAAAAUGAAACAGAAAAUAAGUAAAAUGUUAUUGAAAUUAUGCCUGCAAUAAGUUUAAAAAAAUAUCAACGUAGAGAAACUUCAAGAAAACAAACAUUUAAAUCGU